AACAAGAUUCAACCAAUUAGGAAUCAUGUUGUCAUCCCAGAGAAGAUUGACUUUUCAAGAAUCCAUAGGUUGUGCUUCUCAGAAUCUAAUUACUGCGAAUUUGAAAAUCAAUCCACUAGUGAAGGUGACAGGUGAUAACCUGGAUAUAUAUAUUAAGAGAUCAAAUCUGACAUCAGAAAACAGGAAUCUGGAUCUUCAUCUUUUUACUUCAAACAUCAUUUUUAGUCGAGUUGCUACAGUUGACAUGAAUAACGAUAUACCAAAUAUUGAUGUGUCCAAAUUAUCUGCAGAUGAUGUUCUCCUUAGAGCAAAUUGCCCGGAAAGACUUAAGUUCAUGGAUGUAUGUUGUGUGCUACUCUCCAGAAUAUUAUGUCAACUGCCUUUUUUUCAGAAGUUUGGCAAGAUUUUGCCCAAACAUAUUCCACAUGAAUUUUCACAGAAAAUGGCUGUUGCUUCUAAGGCGAUGCCUUUGCCCAUCCAGUUCAAAAAUGAAGCAAAGCACGAAGAUUGCUUAGCAAUUAUGGACUCUUAUGAAGAGCAGAUUACAACAAUGUACCAAACUGCCUUCGGUAACUUGGACACUCUUAGAAAAUACCAAGUGGUUCUUGGGGGAGACCAGUUAACACGUGCAAGGUUACAAGAGGCAAAAAACCUGCGAAACAUCUCCAUAACACCUGAGAGAAGAUUUGAUGAUUUGAACCCAAUUGUAAUCGAGAUGUGGCAUAACAAACAAGACUUUUUAGAGAAAUGCUUCAAGUGCUUAUACAAGAGCGAGAAUUCUCCUGGAACACUCAGCUUCUUCAAAACGCUCUUACAUCGGACAAAUGUAAAUGGGCAGGUGAAAGGAAGAUUCCAGCCCCACUAUGAUCUUCUAAUGACCGUAGGGGAGGGACUGGUAAAAGAACAGUUUAUGGAAUAUUUCCAAAUGGAGGAUAAGUACAGUCAACCUAACCACAAGAACUUUGAAGACAUUGACAUCAAAUCUUCUGAAGAACAGAAAGCUUUAUUACUGGCUGCUGUGAUUGACUUUAUGAAGUAUUUUGGAUACUGCAAUGCAGAUACAGCCGAAGGUCUUCCUCAACCGCUAAGAGGAACAUUAAAAUAUCAACUGCAAAAAACAAGGGAUGAAAAUCAGUUGAUUCUAGUGCCAUUCCAUGAAAAACCAGUAGAUGAUGAAGUCUUUAAUUACUCAAUGCAACUUUGUCAUUGGUACUUGCAUAUUAUGGAGCUGCACGAUACCGCAAAAGAGGGUGAUCUAAAUCGAACAAUUCUCAACUGUAAAUAUUCAAUUCCGUUUUUCUUUUCUCAUUCAAGAUUAAGCAAAUACUUGGUUGAGAAUGUGGACUAUCUAUUGAAAACAGAAAAAUUACUGUCACCUUUACAACGCAUUCGUGUUUUGGAGGGUUCUUAUGUCAACAUUUGGGGUGGUCAUGGCAAUAAUGUUGAAUGUGACUUAGUACAAGAGCACAGUGUAUGUAAUCAAAAAGCUCUAAUCAAAGCAUUGGGAGCAAACAAAAGUGAAAAAUCCAUUUUUCGUGUCACUGUAUCAGCUGAUGCAAUCGAUGAACUCUGCACAAAAUUUGAUAGAAGUGUAAAUCUAAAGCCAAAAAGUGGCAGACAUUCGUUAUCAUAUUCUGAAGCGGACAGGGAUAUUGUUUAUAAGAAACUGAGAGAUUUAAGACCAUUUCAACAUAGCCCAGGCAGGACCUGUAAGGGUUUUAAAAAUAUAAGCCCCACUCCACUCCGUCUUGAAGACAUGCCCAAACUUAAAGAGAGACUUACCCAAAUCAUCAAGAGACUUUCAAGGGGAUUUCAAUUUAUGCCAGAGGAGGAAGAUACAUUUGAUCCUGAUAACGAAAUUAUUGACAAUCUGCCACCAUUAUGAAUCUGUUGUUGUCUAUAAGGCCAAAAUAAAAAAUACUCUCGUUUCCUGUCACCCGACCUACCCUACAUUUUUACCCUCCGACCCUAAAAGUUUUUAUUACAUUAACAUUUUUUGGGUUACUAUUUUCUUAAAAAAAGACGACCAACAAACAAUAUUUACAGAACUAAUACAUCAUAAGUGUACAGGAUACCUUUACUUUAUAAAUCUUUAUUAACUAACUUGCUCUGUAAAGUGUCAAUAUAUCAUUUUCUUGUUAUUACAUACUAUAUGUUCUGCAUUCAUUGAGUUUUGAAAAUAAAAUUUUUCGCAAAAUAAAAUUUUUUCCAUACCUACCUACCCUAAUUUUUUUGGUCAAGGGACAGGAAACAAGAGUAUAUUUUCUUUUGUUCUAAAUUCACCAUUUCCCAUAUAUUGUUUUCUUCAUGCAUGGAGAUUGUAUAAUUUUACCCAUAAGUUACAUAAAUGGUAUUAUGUGAAAAUUGUGAAAUGGAUAUAGAAGGAUAUGGAGAUAACGAACAGUAUUCAAUCUCAAAUUUUUCUUCAGAACAGUUAGCACUUUAGUCUAAGUAGACUCCACCAAAUAUUGAAUGCUGUAUCACUCUGUAUCUAAUGUAAUCAAUGUAUCAAAGCUGUUAGCAAUUCUCCUUGACUGACUUUAUGGUAAUUUAUGAUUAACUGUAAUGUAUUUAUUUUUUAAUAACCUCUUAAUAGAUUUCAACUAAAUAUUUCAUCACAGGUACAUGUUAUUAAUGCAAAAAGUGAGUAAAUCAGAAAUUUUGUUUAUGAGCUCUUUUAUUUUGCUAUUAGCAAAACAAUUACAUAUUCGCAAUACAUAGUAUAAAGAAUAUAAUGUUAUGUUUCCUUCAAUCAUGAUGCCAGAUGGUUUGUUUUCUUUUUCAUAAAUGAAAAUGUUAAUACAUGUAACAUGUUUAUGAAACAGGAAGAGUCUAAUGUUUUGCAUUUCAUUCAAGACUUUUAGUGGAAAUUUUCAUGGAUUGCUUUCAAUAAAAAGAGUGCACCUAAUAAAAGGUA